UCUUAUUUUUACACCUGAAAAAGAAAAAAAGAAGGUGAAGAAGAAAAGAAGUCCCAGAGGAUAAGUGAGUAUGGAGGUCAGAUACAAUCAAGAUACGGAUGCUGGGAUGGUGCUGAAAAACGGACUAAAGGAGGGAAAAGAUGGCAAGGAGUCCCAGGGAAGCCUGUCCAAAACGUUUCUAAAGGAGCAGCAAGAGUCUUUCUCCCCGUCUGGGCCAGUGGAAAACUGUGAGAAGAACCGGGGAAGCUCGGUAGACCCAGACUACUGUCGGAGGAUACUGGUUCGAGAUGCCAAAGGCUCCAUCCGAGAGAUCAUUCUGCCAAAGGGCCUGGAUUUGGACCGGCCAAAACGAACUCGGACCUCCUUUACAGCUGAGCAACUGUACCGGUUGGAGAUGGAGUUUCAGAGGUGCCAGUAUGUGGUCGGGAGGGAGCGAACAGAACUGGCCCGCCAGCUCAAUUUGUCUGAAACUCAGGUAAAAGUUUGGUUCCAGAACCGACGCACCAAGCAGAAGAAGGACCAGGGCAAGGAUUCAGAGAUGCGCUCCGUGGUGUCGGAGACAGCAGCAACAUGCAGUGUACUGAGACUCCUGGAGCAGGGACGCCUCCUCACUCCACCAGGGCUGCCGGGCCUCUUGCCCCACUGCGGCAGCAGCACGCUGGGCUCAGCUCUGCGCGGGCCCUCCAUGGGCAUGGUUAGCAACGGCAGCAGUAGCAGCAGUAGUGGCGGCAGCUCAGGGACGACUGGCUGCAGCCCCCCCCUGCCUGCAGUGACCAGCUCAGGGACGGUGUCAGGCCUCCAGGGCUCCCCACCGGCCCAUGGCCUGUUCAGCUUUCCUAUGCCCUCCCUGCUGGGCAGUGUGGCCACCCGCAUCUCCUCUAACCCACUCUCCAUGGCUGGAUCCCUGGCCGGGAACCUACAGGAACUGUCGGCCCGCUACCUGAGCUCUUCAGCUUUUGAACCUUAUUCCCGGACCAAUGGCAAAGAGUCCAUGGACAAGAAAGUUUUGGAAUGA